AAGAAUCGCCACCGGCACCUGAGAAUUCAAAAGAGUCUGCUUCGCUAAAGACAACGGAAGAAUCAGCAGCUAACAGUAACGUGGAAUCUAUUCUAAUGCCAAAUAUUGCUGAAGAAUCACAAGAUAAACCACAUACAGACCACCAAGGAAAACCAGCUUUACCCAACAGAAAUAAAACUAUGUCCCAGCUCAGAUCUAGCCAGCCCAGCACACCAACCUCUAAACCACAGUCAACUGUAUCCCCAUAUUGCCCCACAGAAACACCAGCUGCACCACAGAAACAGUCUGCAGCACCACAGAAACAAUCUGCCAUGACAACGCCUGAAGAAUCUGACAUAGAGACUGACUCAGGUGUCGUUCUGGAGCAAACUGAAGCAGGGGAGGAACAGGCCACACCAAUCAGUGUAGAGGAGGCGGGUGAGGAGAUGUCAGAAUCAGACCAGAGUCACUUGGACAAUAUGGAUUCCAGAGGCGAGUAUGUGAAGUUCUCGAAGGAGAAGUACCUGAUCGACUCGCCCCCUGAGAAGCUGCGUCGUGAGCUGGAGGAGGAGCUCAAGCUGAGCAGCAGCGACCCACGCAGCCACGGCUGGUACCACGGGCGCAUCCCCAGAGAGGUUUCAGAGACACUGGUCGUUCGCAAUGGAGACUUCCUGGUCCGGGACUCCCUCACCAGCGUGGGGGACUACGUGCUGACGAGCCGCUGGAAUCAGGAGGCGCUGCACUUCAAGAUCAGCAAGGUGCUGGUGAAGACGAGCGACUCGUCCUCCCGGGUGCAGUACCUGCUGGAGCGCGAGAGCUUUGAUACCUUGCCCGCCCUUGUGCUGUUCUACACGGGCAACCGGCGUCCGCUCUCCCAGCAGGGCGGCGCCCAAAUCCACUUCCCCAUCAACCGCACACUGCCCCUGCGCUACCUGGAGGCCAGCUUCUCCCUGGUCAAUGGCAAGCACGGUCUCUGCCACUCCCCAGCCAAUCAGAGGGGGGCGUACAUCAAGAGGCGGAGCGUCACCAUGACAGACGGGCUGACGACAGAGAAACUACCACACAGCCCUUCCGUCCCUCACCACAAGGAGGCGAUCCGGAACUGCGCUCUCAGCAUGGAUCAGAUCCAGGACUACCGCUGCCCAAUGUCUCCAGUCAGUGAGUCGCCGCUCUCCCCUGCCUACAGCACCAUUACCCGACACAAGAGCCCAGCAGUGGGGCGGGUAGUGGGCAUGGUGCCUAGUUCCCCAGUGACGCGUCGCUCCAGUGAACCGCAGCUCUGCCCGUCCUCCAACAACAACGUGCCCUGCCCUGAGAUUCUGCCCAGCACCCACUCCACCCCCGCCCAUGGGUACAGCCAGCCCCCUGGCCCCACCAUGCCCUUCCCGCUGCCCGCCAAGAGCUAUGUCGAGCGUCUGCAAGUGGAGGAGGCGGGCAGGUGGCCGAGGGGAGAGUCUGUGGAGGAGAGCUUCACUGUGCCCAUGGUUGAGACAGCCUCUGCAUUCCAGCCCAACGCUUACCCCUCCCUACUGAUGCCCGCUGAGAACAAGCCUCUGGAGAUGGGCGUGCUCAAGAGGGUGAAGGAGCUGCUGGCCGAGGUGGACGCCAAGACCACUGCCAUGCACCUCACCCAGGCCGACUGCACGGUUGCUAGAAUCCUGGGUGUCACCAAGGAGAUGCAGAGGAUGAUGGGGGUCAGCUCAGGGCUGGAGUUACUGACCCUCCCCCACGGGAGACAGCUGAGACUGGACCUGCUGGAGAGGUUCCACACCAUGUCGAUCAUGAUGGCGGUGGAUCUGCUUGGCUGCACUGGCAGUACAGAGGAGCGUGCCGCCCUGCUACACAAGACCAUCCAGCUGGCAGCUGAGCUCAAGAGCAACCUGGGCAACAUGUUCGGCUUUGCUGCUGUGAUGAAGGCCCUAGAGCUGCCACAGAUCUCUCGGCUGGAGCAGACCUGGAUGACACUCCGCCAGCGACACACAGAAGGCGCCAUUCUCUACGAGAAAAAACUCAAGCCUUUUAUGAAGAGCAUGAAUGACGGCAAAGAAAGCUGCCCUCUCUCGAACACCUCCUUCCCUCAUAUGAUUCCUCUGCUGUCUCUGCUGGAGAGGGGCGUGGCCGUGGUGGAGGGGGCGGAGUCCUGGGAGAGUGUCGACGCCGGAGUGGACGUGGUGAUGAGCCACCUGGAGGCGGCUCGAACCAUCGCUCACCAUGGGGGGAUCUACCACACCAAUGCAGAGACCAAACUGCAAGGGUUCCAGGCGCGAGCUGAAGUGCUGGAGGUUUUCUGCACAGAGUUUCAGAUGCGCUUGCUGUGGGGGAGCCGGGGGGCCGAGGGCAGCCAGGGAGAGCGCUACGAGAAAUUCGACAAGGUCCUGACAGCGCUGUCUAACAAGCUGGAGCCUCCGGUGAGACACAGCGAGUUAUAGCGCCCCCUGCAGGGACUGUGCACUGGACAAGGAGGCAGCACUCUUGGACCUGGGGGGCGUGCAGACCUGCGGAGGGGUUUCAUGAAGAUUAACACCCCCCCCCCAAACCAGCUGCAGUAGCUCAUAUAAACCACAAUGUGUUUCACUUUCAAAUGGACAACUUUGAUACAAGGAAACUGAACAGAAACACUUUUCAUUCAACAGGAAUCUUAGCUGAUGUUGUAUCCAGGGGGUUUAACUGUUGUCAUGACAACACUCAGUAUGCAAGGCCUUCUCAAGAUGGCUACACACAAAGCUGGCAUGAUGAUAUCAUUACAGCAAAUGGAGACACCCUUACAAAAAUGUACUGUGGAGGAGAAUUCAUUUUAAAGAAUAUUAAAAAUCAGAACAUACUUUAAGAAUUUAAGAUAUUUGUAUUAUAAAUUCAAAAAUGCCAAAAAAUGCGAGGACCACCGUUUCAGUUUCUGAACUACAGUAAAAUGUCGUCAUACCACUUGAUGUGUAUUUUUGUACUUGUUUUGCCUGCAGAAAUAAGUUUAGAAAUACUAAAAGGAACUUGAAGAAAUUCCUCAAAAUGUUUUGAGUUUCCUUUAAUAUUUCUAAAUUCAGCACUGUUGAGUCAUGGAUGAAAUAAUAGCCUCACAUUUCUUUAUGCCCUUUUGAAAUUACAAAUAUAUAGUGCGCCUCAUUAAAAUGACCGGGUUAGUAGCACCAAGUUUAUAGAAUGGUACUUCUAUGUUCUGCAGCAUUUACUGAUUGAGGUAAGUAGUGACCAUUCAGUAAUAUAGAAGCAGUUUAAGUAGUGCUGAAAUAGAUCCAGUCUGCUAAUACUACUGGGUACAGUGAUUGAGCAGUACUUUUGGGUAAGGGUGUAUCCUAGAAAUGAGUCCAGCCGCUGGUGUAUCUUUUAGAAAGAGUUUAAUAAGAGUUGUUUAUUUUUCCCAGACAGAUUGGUAACAUGAGAAUAGGGGUGAUGUGUCUCCUUGCCUUUCUGUCUGUGUAAAUUUAUGUGUACAGUGAUUGUUUUUAUAAGUCUGGGUAUCUGAUCAAAUCUAGCUGGGACUGCUUUUAUUAACUUUCUUCUUUUCUGAAUGUGAAAUUAUUAUGAUACUUUGAUUUCCUAUAUGAAUUGCAAUUGGUUGAUUGAUUACCUGGAGAUAGCAUUUUGUUGCAAAAGGGGAAUUUUCUUUUCAAAAGUGACUUAAUUUUUUUAAUUUUUUUUUUAAUGAGUCAAGUAACCAAAUGUUUCAACUAUAACCUGAGUUUACCAGAAUCUAAAGUUGCUCUUUCACCAAGGCUUUUUAAUUUUCCCUUCAAAUUGAUUAGUUCUGAAUCACAACAGACAGCUCAAGACUGCAAUGCUAUUUUCAAACAGCAGAGGGUGUAUUCUCUGUAAAAGAGAAAGUAGGCUUGCUACGCUCUGUUUCAGGUUCAGCUAACAUUAGUGCAGGCGCAGUAGGUUAUUAAACAAAAUGCAGAUAUUGCCAACAAAGUUCCCCAUUGUUUUAUGCUCUAGCUCUCUCUCCUUCCACUAGGGGUGAUAUCAAGCCAUGCUUGAGGGAGCAGCAGCACCUAAAACAGAAUGAUUAGAGGAAUGAAGUGCUGAGCCUCUCUUUCAGUCAUGCAUGAUUGAUUCAGCGAGUGGAUCCUCUGCAUAUAGUGUCUGCUUUAUAAUGUAUGAACUGAAUCAAAAUGAAGAAUGAACUGCUACUGCAAGUGUUGCAGGUUUAGUUACUAUAUACCCCCAACUGUAGUGUUUUACACAUUUCAACAUGCCAGGAAUAAAGUCAACAUAACACCUUCAAACCCUUCAGUCACUUCUCACUGCGCUCAAAGCCCAUCGCUGACGGAAAUCAGCAUUGCCUACUGGGAGGGUCCAUCGCCAACAACAACAUCAUUUCCUUUUUUGUACAAAGCGUUAUCUGCCUCACUUCCUGUUGUACAGAAUUCUGUGUCAUUUCCUGUUGUACAUAGUCAUUCUUACAUCAUUUCGUACUUGUAAAAAAAAAACAUGAUUACAUAAUUUUCUUAUGUACAUAUGUCAUUUUUUCCUUGUUUUUUUUUUUUUUGCUAAGAGAUAUAAAAUCUAGUAAGCUUGUGUUGA